AUGGCCACCGAUGCUUCAACCUCUGCCAACGGCGGAUCUCUCGCCGCCAUGCUGGAACAACAGCACUCCCGCGUCGAGGCGCACAAGCCCACCGUCGAGGAAAUUGUGGAUGAGGAAGACCUCAAACACCCCGCUCCCACUUCAUCGCAGGCCGAGCAGCCCAUCCUCGUCGACGCAAACACUCCCGAUCAAUCUACCCUGACCGAAUCUGUCUCAACGCCCGUUCCCAAGGCUGCCACCAAAAAGACCCCGGCUUUCGAUGUACAAUCCGAGGAAUUGUUCCCGGCUUUGGGAAGUGGUCCCAAGCCCGCUGCUCCCGCUGCGGCUACGUGGGGUGCAAAGAAGCCCUCCGCGGCCGCUGCUGUCUCGAAUGGCUUGCCCGCCAAGUCAAUGGAAAUCCCUCGUGUGAUGGCCCUUCCCGGAAAGCACAUGGAGCAGCUCCGCCUCGCCCCCUCCCAGAUGCAGCCCCGCGGACAAAUGAAGAAGCCUCUUCGUGAUAUUCUGCGCGACAUCUCUCGUCGCUCCAAGGCCAAUGUUGAUAUGCGCGGUGGCCCUGGAGGCUCAAUUAUCUUCGAAGGAAAGGGUUCCGUGGAUGCGGUGCGUCAGGCUCUUCGGGAGGUCGCCCAGCAGGUCGGAUCUAAGCAAUCCGUCCGUGUUCCUAUCCCCACAUCCGCACGCGCCCACAUCAUUGGUCGCCAAGGCACCGUUAUUCAGGAUAUCCAGAGCCGUACCGGUGCCCGCGUGCAGGUUCCUCGCGCUGACGGCCCCGCGGCUGCCGAUGACGACGAUGACGACACCAUCGAUAUCCUGAUUGAAGGUGAUGCCGUCGCAGCUGAGAUGGCUCGCCGCGAGAUCGAAGCGAUCGUCAAGGAGCGCGGUUCAAACAUGAGCUUCAAGCUCAAGACCGUUCCUCCUGAGUUCUUCCCCUUCAUUGCGGGCGCACACGAUGCCAACCUCCGGGCCAUUGAGGAGCGCACAAAAGCGCAGAUCAAUGUCCCCCGCUACGAUACUUGGUCAACCCAGCCCCCUCCUCAGGAGGCUAACCCUGGCCAAGUCCAGUUCGUCGCUUGCCCCGACAAGCACAUCUCUAUCUCUGGAGAAAGGGCUGCCGCACAGGAAGCUCGCGCUGAGAUCGAGCGCCUGGCUGCGCAACUGCACCAGCAGCUGACCCUUCGCCAGCUGGCGAUCAACCGUGGCCAGCACCAGUUCAUUUUGGGUAACGAGGCCGAUGCUCUGCACAAGUUCGUCGCACAGACUGGAUGUGCCGUUGUUCUGCCUCCUCCAUCAGACGACAGCGAGUUCCUCACCAUUACUGGCCCCCUCGACCAAAUUGAGGCUGGUAUCGAACAUGCUAUGGAUCUUGCUACUAGCAUGCAGAUGGCCAGCAUUGACCUGUCUCGCCAGCACCCCAACGCACCCGCCGGUCCCCACGCCCACGCUAGCGCUCUGUCGCAGUACCUCCGCCGCCGUCAAGUUAUCAAGGAGCUCGAGUCGACUUAUGAUGCACACAUUGCGCUUCCCCCAAGCGUCGGUGGACCCGUCACUUGGGAGGUUUACUCUCGUGACGGAAAGAACACCAUUCGUGCCCGUUCUGACAUCAUGAACCUGAUUCAGGCUCUGCCGCCUUCCAGACUCCGCCACGUCCCCGUCGACCCUUACUUCCACCAGUACCUUCGCAACCGCAGCGCCAGCAUCCUCCAGGGUGAUUACGGUGUCCACCUCAUGGUUCCGGAUGACAUUGAGAGCCCCGAGGUUGUUCUUGUCUAUGAAGGCCCGUCCGCAAAUGCCUCCCACUUCGAGGUUCCCAGACAGCGCCCCUCCCCCGCAGAUGUCGCAGCCUUCGAGAAGGGUCUGCAAGAGGCCCAGGACUUCCUUCUUCGUGCCCUCGGAGACCAGCAUGAUAUCGUUGCCAAGUCGGUUGUAGUUCCUUCCAAGUACCAGGAGAAGACACGGAAGUUCAUCAACCGUGAGCAGGAGGCCAAGGGCGAGGACAGCAUUCCCGUCCGUGCUAUUGUCGGCGAAGCCAAGGGCGCCCAGUGCGAGGUUUCCCUCCGCGGUCCUUCGGCUGUCGUGGCUGACCUUGUCACUAAGCUAGAGGCUUUCGUUGCGGAGCAGGAACAGGACGACAAGGAGCGUGGAUACAUCACCAGCUUCGACUUCCCUCAGAAGUACGCCAACUUCCUGAUCGGUAAGCGUGGUGAGAACAUCAACAAGCUCCGUGAGGAGUUCGAUGUCGAUAUCAAAGUGGAGAACGGCAAGGUUGAGGUCAAGGGACCCAAGGCCAAGGCCGAUGCUACCCGCAUGCGCAUCAUCAACAUGGGUCGCAAACUGGAGGAUGAGACCACUCACAUUCUCAAGGUUCCCGCCCAGUACCACCGUGAGCUGAUUGGCCAGCGUGGUAUCCAGGUCAACAAGCUCCAGGAUCGUUACUCUGUCCGUGUGCAGUUCCCUCGUGCAACUGCCAGUGACGAUGUUGCAGAGACUGCCAGCGAUGCUGGUGCUCGUCCCAGCCGUUCUCAGCAGGCUCCUGAUGAGGUUAUCGUGAAGGGCCCCAGCAAGGGAGCAGACUCGGCCCGCGAUGAGAUCCUCAGCUUGUUGCAGUGGAUAAUCGAGAAUGGUCACUCUGCUGCCAUCUCCGUGGCCCAGAGCCAGGUCGCCUCUUUGAUUGGCCAGCGCGGCCGCGAGAUGGAGAAGCUUCGUGCUGAUACCGGAGCCCAGAUUGAUGUUCCUAAUGCCAACGAUGCACCGGAUGCAUCAGGUCGUGUUGAAAUUCGCGUCAAGGGUACCAAGCAGCAAGUUGCGGAAGCCAAGAAGAUCUUGCAGCAGCGUGCCAGCGAAUUUGAUGCUACUGUUACCAAGUCUAUCGAUGUCGAGAAGAAGUACCACAAGGCUCUGAUUGGUGGAGGCGGCCGGAGGCCCUCUGACGGCAGUGCCGCCAGGAUGGUCCGCUUCCCCAAGCCCGAGAGCACCGAGGAGACCAUUCGCCUUGAGGGUAAUGGUAAGAUCGUCGACAGCAUCAUCGCCGCUAUCGAGGACUUCGUCAAGGAGCGCCAGGACCAGGUCACUGAGAUUCUCGACGUCCCCACUGCUCAACACCGUCUUCUUAUCGGCCGUGGCGGCGACACCCGUCGCGGUAUCGAGUCCAAGUUCAAUGUCACCCUGGACAUCCCUAAGCAGGGCUCCGGUCGCACCGACGUUAAGCUCAAGGGACCCAGCACUGCUGUCGAAAGCGCCAAGGAGCACGUCCUGUCCAUGCUGAAGCAGCAGCAUGCCGAGACUAUGGAAGUUCCUAGCCACUUACACCACGCCAUCUCCGACAACGGCUCCCUCUUCCGCCGCCUGCGAAACGACCACCAAGUCACUGUCGACCACGCCGGCCAAACUGUCCCCACCAUCGCCCCGACUGAGGAAACCCGUAACACCAACAGCUCCGACAUGCCCCUGAUCACCGAUGACCCCAAUGUCACUGCAGAUGCCCACUCUUGGACAAUUGUUGACAACGCCACCCCCUCUUCCUCCUCCACCCCCUUCCCAUGGGUCCUCACCGGAUCCCCGGAGAACGUGGCUAAGGCCCGCGCCGUCGUCGAGAAAGCUAUCGCUGCUGCCUCGCAGCAGUCCGCCACAGGCUUCCUGAUUCUGCCGGACCCCAAGACCUACCGAUUCGUCGUCGGCCAAGGUGGUAGCCAGAUCAACGCCAUUCGCAAGAAGACCGGCUGCCGUAUUAACGUGCCCAAGCAACAGACUCCCGGCGAGGCGAUCGAGAUCCGCGGUAGCUCCACUGGGCUCGAAGAAGCGAAGGAGAUGAUCCUGGAAGCUGUGCAGAAUGGCCUUAACGGUGCACGAUAA